CCGACUCUUUCGGGCCUCUGUGCACUGUGGCCGCCGCGGCGCCGCUCGCCGUCGCCCUCCCGGCCUUUUCCGCCGCAGCCGCAGCCGCCGCCUCCUUCUCUUCCUCCUCCAUCUCGAGCUCGUGUUGCUCGGCUCGCAGCUGGUCUGUUCCCGAAGGGGAGAUCCCAGGCCUCCGACCGCCAUGUCCCGCUAUACGCGGCCUCCCAACACCUCGCUCUUCGUCAGGAACGUGGCGGACGCCACUAGGCCUGAGGAUUUGCGCCGUGAAUUUGGUCGAUAUGGCCCUGUAGUAGACGUAUACAUUCCGCUUGACUUCUACACAAGACGCCCACGAGGAUUUGCUUAUAUACAGUUUGAAGAUGUUCGUGAUGCAGAAGAUGCUCUUUAUAACCUCAAUAGAAAGUGGGUAUGUGGCCGGCAAAUUGAAAUACAGUUUGCACAAGGGGAUCGCAAAACCCCAGGUCAGAUGAAGUCAAAAGAACGUCGCCAGUGUUCUCCAAUGGAUUACAGAAGAUCAAGAAGCCGCAGCCGAAGGAGGACACGUAGCCGAAGUUCAUCAUGGGGCUGGAGUAGAAGACACUCUGACAGCUUUAAAGAGCAUUCCAGCUCACCAAGACGAUCAAUCACACCUCAAAGAAAUUCUACCUCUCGAGGAAGAUCGCGGUCAAAAUCAAUGCAGAGAUGUUCAAAAUAUGCUGAGAAAUCGCCCUCCAGCUCCCAUCGAAGACGUUCUACUUCAAGGACAAAGUCACGCUCACAUCCAAAGCGCUCAGGUUCAGUGACCAGAUCGCUAUCUAAAUCUCCACGAAAACAUGCCAACUCCAGUUCUCGUUCUAGAAGUUUCUAUCAGAGAAAUAGUAACCAGUCAGUAUCUGAAGAAGAUUAAUGUGUUUUUCUAACAGUUUUUUAUGAGCACAAAUUAAGAACAAAAUUUGUCCAAAUGUACCUGAAAUGUAAGAUAAUUGAUUAAUGGGAGGUGUUGCUAUGUUCUUUGGGUCCAUAUUUUAAUAAGCAGAGCUCUUCAAAAUUUCCUAGCAUUAAAUAAACAUUUAUUUAGCCUAGAUUAGUUUAUCUUAACAAUACAAUUUGAACCUAGGCUCACUCUACUGGUAUAAGCUAGCAUUAUGCUCUGCUCUUAAAUCAAGUUUUCUUUUUUGGACAGAAUUGUCUUUGGACCUUACUUUCAAAUCUUUGGAACAGCAAGAAAUUUAUGCUACUGUAAUUUUGUACUGGCUUAAGGGUUCACACAGGUCUGUCUGGUACUUUGUAGUGGAGUUGGAAGGGAAAGCCUUUGUCUACCAUUUCUACUUACUUUAGUAGGUAUUGCAGUACAGUUGUGUCAGCCAGAAAUAUGGAGAUGCUGAUGGAUCAGAUUUUCCAUUCCACCAAUGCAAGUCAUUCCCCCUCCCCCUGAAAUUUCCAAGCAGCAUAUAAGAGGAGAUGAGCACGCAGAAGUGAGUAAAAAUCAAAGUAAAAUUACAUGCAAUUCAAUGCUUCAAUGGCAGGUCUGCCCUCCGGAUAGGAUUAAGUGUUCCAAUAAUUUGGAUUUUAUAUUGUUUAUGUUAAUAAUUUUGCUGCUGUUGACCUUAUUUUAAUUGGCGCUAUUUGGUGCCUUUUUGGUGAUACCAAGAUUUUAUUUGAGGACAACCAUUCAUGUAUAUUCUUAAGGCAAGUAUCUUUUAAGAAACAAAAAUUGAUAGGAAGGCACUGCAACUCAAGUUGUAAAGCUUCUUUGAAUUAAAGCUUGUCUGUGUUUCUCUAAAGCAUGUUAACAGUGUAAACGGGGAUACUUGUAUAAUAUAUAGAGAUACAUGUAUGACAUAAGAUAGUAGAAGUCUAGCAUUUGCCUUAAUUUCAUAUUUAAAACUGUUUAGAUCUGGCAAUUUCACUUCAGACUUUUAUUUGAAAAGAAAGUAAUACUGUGGAAUUUUCUGGAACUAAAAUUACGAAUUUACAUGAAUGAUUUAUAACAUUGCAUUACAUUAGAUCUCACUUCUGUUGUCAAAUGAAGGUGAAUUUCAGGAAAUCAUUAUUUUCCCGUAAAUGAUAAAAUAUGGUUGAACAUUGGAUUUCUAGAAUGAAUGAAGGGUGUGAAAGGGUGUAUAAGGACACCAGUGCAAAUGAAGUGCUAGACAUUCCCCAUUUGAUCAAUAAAAAAAAUAAUUUGCCUGCAAAUAGAAAAAGAGCUUGGCAAUGAAAUGCCAAGUCUAGAUUUUUUUAUUCCUGGAUGGGCUGUCUCUGCUGUAAAGAGCUUAAAACAAAAUACAUUUCAUAAUAUAAUUUCCAUUUGCAGACUGAACUGAUACAGUUCACUUUCUGGUUACAUACUGCUAUUUAGUAGAAAUAGCUUUUGCUCUUGUGCAGCAAUCUUUUUUCAGAAACAUGAAUAAUGAUCACGUGAUUAAUUUGAUUGACAUUAGUGCUUAUGGAAAACAGAUUAGUUAAACAGGUUUUUUAAAAGGAGAUAAUUAGAAAUAUAAGAUAAUUUGGGUUUGUAAUAAAAGUUGUUAAGCACAUGAUUUUCAUGUGUGGUUAAAUGUUUUUGUGAAACUCUUAACAUUUGUUGUGUAAAAUUUAUCACAUCUAUAUUUUCAAAAUAUCAUUGUAGUAGGUGAUCAGUAUAGAUGACACCAACAAGCAUUUUAAAUUCUAAGCCUGUAAUAUGAUUUAACAGUUAAGCGACUCAGUAUAAAGUCAUUAUUAGUGUUUAACUCAAGUAACAAAGGGUAUUCUAAUUUUUUUUUUGUAUUUUACAAUAUAUGACACUUUGCAUUGUGUAGUAAUAUUUGAAGACUAUUUGUUUUUUAAAUGUAUGGUAACUGUGAUGUCUGUUACAUGGUACAAGCACUGCAUUGUAUUAAAAUAAUUGUAGUGGCAGUAAAACUACAUUUCA